GGCGCAUACAUCUACCCUCCGAGGUGUUUGUUUACUAGACUAGGAUGGCUGACAUCGACGACAACGACUCUGAGAUAUCAGUGCCAAUCAGCACAACCCAUCGAACCUCUCGUCCAUCCCGCUCUAUCCUCAAGCGUGGGCGUCAAGCUACCGGAAAGCUAUUCCGCACUGUUUCCCGUCCAGUUGCUUUCCGUCUCCCAAGAGGCGAGCAUCCUGCUGCAACUCAGUCUGCUCCAGGAGAGCCAGAUGUCGUCGGCGUACGUCGGCGGGGAUCUCAAGGCUCUGGAAACGGCGGUUUCCUUCGAGCAUUCCUUUUUGGUGCACCACGCAUGCGGAGAGAGAGAACAGACGAUUACCAAGAUGAGGAGGACGCCGACGCGGCUGCAGAUGCGGCCGAGGAAGCUGCGUACGACGCUGCGACGCGCGUCCCAGACCUUCUAGCAAUGCCCCACAUGCCCACCCCAGUCGUCAUGCCUCACCCGGGA